AUGGUUUUUCUAUUGACAGCAUUGAAGAUGUUUUAUGUACUUGAUCCAAAUUUGAAACCAAUUCCAAAACCAACUCCUGAAGAUUCUGAUACUAUUAAGGCAACAAGAAGCAAACGUGAAGAAGAUGAACUAGUCUGUCGAGGUUAUAUUCUGAAUUCAUUAUCUGACCGUCUAUAUGACCUAUACAGAAAUAUGAAAACACCAAAAGAGAUAUGGACUGCUCUUGAGCACAAAUACAUGAAUGAAAAAAAAGGUACGGAUAAGUUUUUGGCUUUGAAAUACUUUGAAUUUUCAAUAACUGAUGAUAAACCAAUCAUGGACCAAGUGCAUGAGUUGCAAAUUCUGGUCUCUAAGUUAAGUGAGCUGGAAAUUAAGGUUCCUGAUUCACUUCAAGUUGGAGCUAUUUUGUCAAAACUUCAUCCUUCAUGGAAUGGAUAUAGGAAGAAAGUUUUGCAUUCAACAGAUACUUUCACUAUUGAAGAAUUUCAAACUCACAUACAGAUUGAAGCAAAAAAUCGUGCAAGAGAUGCACUCUUCCUUGGAGGUUCCAAUGUGAAUUACAUUGGUUCUAGUUCUGAAAGCAAGGCAAAUCUGGUUGAGCAAAAAAUUAAUGAACUUAUUGCAAUGGUGACUGACAUGCAAAUUGGAAUGAUCACCGAAGUUCAUAUGGCUACUACAAAUAAGUCAUCUGAUUGGUGGCUAGAUUCUGGUGCAACAAUUCAUGUUUGCAACAACAAAAAGCAGUUCAAGACUUAUGAAGAAUGCAAGAAACCAGAAAACAUCCUUAUGGAAAUCAUGUUCCUGCCAAAGUGA